AUGGCAACGAGCGAGCUGCCGUCGGAGUCGGACGCGUUCGCCUUCCCGUGCCGCGACGACGACGGGACGUCGACGGCGCUGUCGCCGCCGGUCGUGAUCUCGGUGCUCGCGUCCAUCCUGGAGCGGCACAUCGCCCGCAACGAGCGGGCCCUGGCGGCCGCCGCGGCACCGGGAGACGACGCCGACGGCUCUGAAUCGGCGGCAGCGGCGACGAGGAAGAGGGUGCGGGCGUUCGACAGCGGCACGGUGCUGGACAUGAGUCUGCACGCGUUCCUGGAGCGCUUCUCCCGGUACGCGCACGUCCCGCCGCAGGUGUACGUGGUGGCGUACGCGUACCUGGACCGGCUCCGGCGCCUAGGCGGCGCCGGCGUGCGCGUCGUCCGCGCCAACGCGCAGCGCCUGCUGACCACGGCCAUCCUCGUCGCGUCCAAGUUCGUCGAGGACCGCAACUACAGCAACUCCCACUUCGCGGCGGUGGGCGGGCUGGCGCCCGCGGAGCUGGGCGCGCUGGAGCUCGGCUUCCUGUUCCUGUUGCAGUUCAGGCUCAACAUCUGCACUAGUUUGUUCCGGAGCUACUGCCGACACCUGGAGCGGGAGGUGAGCCACGGCGGCUGGUACUACCGCGUCCAGAGGCCGCCGCUCGACAGGGCGCUCGUCGUCUACGCCGGAGAAGCGCGGGCGCAGCACCGCCAGGCAGAGGCAGCGUAG